AACGUUGUCAUUUACCAUGAAACCUUCUCUUAAAGGUGUCUGUGCCAAGUGUUUGUUUAACAUUCGCAGAUCAUUUGUUACCUGUAACAAUUGUCACCUGAAAUUUCAUACUAUUUGUUGUGGCAUUGAAGAUGCUGGUGUUAUCGAUAUUCUAGAACAAAAGAAAAAUAUUGUUUAUAAUUGUGAAAAUUGUUUGGAUCCCAAGCGAGAUUUGUCUUAUCAAGUUGAAAUUUUAAAGCAUGAUAUUCAAGAGUUAAAACUAAUGAUUCAGAAAGUUUUAUGGGUUACAAGUUUGAAACAAGUUAAGGUUUUAAGUAAAAAGAAUUUUAAACGGAUAACGGCUAAUUUGGCGGAUAUGUGUAAUGAUUCCAAUAAAAGUUCAUUAAGUGUUGAUGGUCAAAAGAAAGUACCGGACAAGGGACCUGUCAUGUUGUUGUAUGAACUAUUCACUGAUGUACAUUUCGAAUGCUCAACCAUAGAUGGAGCUCAGAAUAAUUGUCGUUUUAAGAUGACAGUAACGGUCAAUAAUAGUAAAUUUGAUGGAACUGGUCCCUCAAAAAAAUUAGCCAAAAAUGCUGCCGCUAAAGCAGCUCUUGCUUCGCUGUGCAAUAUCUCCUACAGCCCUAUGAUGCAUCCACAGAAGAGUUUACCCUUGCCCAUGGAUGAUAAGUCAGCUUCUAUGGAACUACCACAAAUACAUGCCGAUACCAUAGGACGUUUGGUAUUGGAGAAAUUUAUGGAAGUGAUUAAGGGUCAGGAAUCGUAUUCGCGUCGUAAAGUUUUGGCCGGCAUAGUAAUGACAGAAAAUAUGAAUUUCAAUGAGGCUCAAGUCAUUUCCGUAUCUACUGGUACUAAAUGUGUCAGUGGUGAGCACAUGAGCAUUAAUGGCACUGUCCUUAAUGAUUCACAUGCUGAAAUUGUAUCACGUCGUUGUUUCAUGAAAUAUUUGUAUGCACAAUUGGAACUACACUUUAAUCAGGCAACAGCAAAUCAGUCAAUUUUCGUGAGGAACCAAGAAAAUGCGCAAUACCCGUACAAAUUGAAAACCGGUGUACAUUUUCAUCUGUACAUUAACACAGCGCCUUGUGGGGAUGCUCGCAUUUUUAGUCCCCACGAAAAUGACUCGAGUGUUGAUAAACACCCAAAUAGAAAAGCCCGUGGUCAAUUGCGUACAAAGAUUGAGUCUGGUGAGGGCACUAUACCCGUUAAGAGUAGUGAUGGUAUACAAACCUGGGAUGGUGUUUUGGAGGGUCAUCGUCUACUCACCAUGUCUUGUUCGGAUAAAAUAGCACGCUGGAAUAUAGUCGGCAUCCAAGGAUCUCUACUGUCCUCUAUUAUAGAACCAAUCUAUUUGCAUUCCAUAGUAUUGGGCAGUCUUUUACAUCCCGAGCAUAUGUAUCGUGCUGUUUGCGGACGCAUUGAAAAAUCCAUACAAGGUCUUCCACCACCCUAUCAUCUGAAUAAGCCGCGCUUGGCCCAGCUCACCUCGUCGGAGCCGCGCAAUCAGGCUAAGGCACCGAAUUUCGGUAUUAAUUGGACAACCGGUGAUACUGAGGUGGAAGUGGUGAAUUCGUUGACCGGCAAAACGGUCAACAAUCAAAUAUCGCGCAUAACGAAACAAAUGUUUUUCCGUAAAUAUGGAAGUCUGGUGAAGAAUUUACCCGGCUUGCCGGAAAAGAAGAUACAAACCGAUUACGGGCAGACAAAGGCUAAAGUUAAAGAUUAUCAGAUUGCCAAACGUGAACUAUUUGCCGCUUUUAGACGUGAGGAUUUGGGCAAUUGGUUAAAGAAACCUCAAGAACAAGAUGAAUUUGCGCUUCCGGAAUGACUGCUUAAAUUUGAAGAUUUAAACCAACAACAAGCAGCAUUAAAAUUAAAUUUUGUUUUCCAAUAUCCAAUACAAUUGAAACUACAACAUGAACAAGAGCAACAACAACAACAAGAAGAUAUACUAAAGCAUACAAUCAGGAACAGUAGCCCAGAUGUUUUAAUGUUAAAGAUGAUUUAUUUCUUACAAAUAUUUCUUCUAAUCAUUAAAGUUAUCUUAUCAAAACAACAACAGCAACAACAAAAAUAUUUAUUAUUAUUAUUAAAAAUUCAAUUAGUAUUUUGGAUAAUAACUUUAUUAUUAUUACAAUUACAUUUAAACUUAAACUUAAAAAAAGUAAAACAAAAUCAACAAAAUUUAGUAGUAAUUUUAACUAUAAAUUAUUUAUUACAAUUACUACAACUGGCUUUUGUAGUUCAAUAUAUAAAUGCUAAUAAUUAUUAUAAUACUAAAGAACAACCUCGUCCUUAUCCUAAACCUAAACCAGGUCCAGGUCCUUUUCUUCAAACUCUAACAAAUAUUAAGGCAGUUGAAUUUCUAAUAAAUGAUGCUGUUAACAACAGAUUCAACAUCAUUUUUCCACAAAAGACAUUUUGCCUUGAACAUUAUAUAAUUAUAAAGCAUUUCAUUAUUUUGAUUUUUUCAAAAUUCUCUUUUACUCAACAACAGCAACAAAAUAUUAUUAUUAUAUUAAUUAAUAUAAGAGAAAUUUUUCUUGGCAUUCAACAGAAAAUUAUAAAAAAUUUCAUAAAAACAUUUUUAAAAGGUUCAAAAGGACCUUUGAAAAAAUCUGCUGCUGCUGCCGCAAAUUUAAUGGCAUUAAAUAAAUUGAGCUCUAGAAUAUUUCUAGAAUAGAAUGUAGCUAAGAUGCUGGAACUAAGUAAAGCAAGUAUUAUGGCGUUUUAGUCCAAAAAAAUAAUAAAAAAAAUCAUAAAAAAUACAAAAAAAACAUAAAUCAAACAAUUCUAAAAAAUAAAUAUAAUAACAAAUAUUUAAAACAUUAUAAAAAUACUACUUACACCUUUACAUUAAACACAUACACACACACACACUUACACUGUCAAAUCUUAACAUAAUCAUCUUUAUAUAUAAACCAUACAUACAGAAAGUUUACUCUAUAUACAUUUAAAUAAAUUAAUAGACAGACAUACAUUACAUACAUACGUCUAGUUAUACAUAGAAUAAUUAAAAGUUUCAAUUACAACUACAUUACAUAUACAUAUAAUAAUUUAUGUAAUUUUUUUUAUGUUUUUCUUUUUGUAAUAAUUUUAUUUGUGUAUUAAUUUUUUUAAAAUAAAACAAAUCUCUACAACAAUUUCAAAUGUUUGAUUAAAAAAAUUAAUCGAAAGAUUAAAAAAAAUUAAUCGAAUCGAAUUUUUAAAUUUUAAACAUUUUUAUUUAUUAAUUUUAAGUGAUUUCCAAAUGUAUUUUCGAACAAAAUAAAGGGAAAGGAAAAUAUCUUCGAAUAUAGCAUACAUUUUAGACUGAUAAUGAUACGGGCUGAUGCGGACAACAUUAUUUUAAGCUCGAAAAAGGAUGUCCCAUUUUCGAAAGUUUUAGUAAAUCUAUUUGUAUUGUGAAUAUUGAACAAAUAUUUGAUCUAUGCACAAGUUUAUUGAAUUUCCUAUGGGAUAGUCUCUCGACUCUCUAUGCGCUAGUCUCUUGACUAGUCUAUGCGCUAGUAAAUUGAUUAAUCUAUGAGCUAGUCAAUUGACUAAUAUAGGUACUCUCCUAUGGACAAGUCUUUGGCCUAGUGUAUUGACUUGUCUAUAGACUAGUCUAUCCGUGGACUAGUUUAUGGGCUAUCGACUAGUCUAUUGACUAAUCCAUGGACUAGUCUACGCACUCGUCUAUGGACUAGCAUAUUGUCUCGUCUACGGACUAGUCUAUUAAUUAAUCUAUGGUCUCGUUUAUGGACUCAUCUAUGGACUAGUCUAUUGAAUCGUCUACGGAUUAGUCUAUUGACUCGUCUCAGACUAGUCUAUUGACUCGUUUACGGACUAAUCUUUGACUCGUCUAUGGACUAGUUUAACGACUAAACUAUGGACUAGUAUAUUGAUAAGUCCAUCGACUAGUUUAUUGAUCAAUGCAGCAGACAAAUCCAUCGACUAGUCUAUGGACUAGUCAGUAACUAUUUUAUGGACUAGUCAUUGAUUUGUAUAUAGUCUAGUCUAUUGAGUAGCCUUUUGACUAGUCAUAUCCAUGGACUAGUCUAUGAACUAGUCUAUUCACUCUAUGAACUAGUUUAAAAACUAGUCUGCCGGACUAGGAUAAGUCCA